AUGAAAAUCUCUAAGGAAUCUCUAGUCAGACUAAUCAAGAGACUUGCACCAUUUACUCAAUCAGCAUCGUUUUAUCUAUACAAGGAUGGAAACGUUAGGAGCGAACAAAGCGGUGUUUUACGGGUUAAUUGCUUAGAUUGCCUAGAUCGGACUAAUUCUGUGCAGACAGCCGUUGGUUUAUUGGUUGGCCGAGAUCAAGUUGCUUCGCUUAACUUAGAAUCUGGCAAAGUGAAUGUUUCCCAACGAAUUGAAGAGAUUUUACGGGACCUCUGGCAGAAAAAUGGUGAUCUUUGUAGUAACAUCUAUGCUGGAACGGGAGCACUAGAAGGAAAGAGCAAGUUCAAAGAUGCCUCACGUUCAAUUGCUCGGACUAUACAAAAUAAUCUUAUGGACAGUUCAAAGCAGGAGUCAUUUGAUCUCUUUCUUCGAGGAGCCUGGUACGAUAAACGAAGUUUUGAUAGGGUAGCUAAUUUGUUACCGCUUCCUAUUCUACGAGAUGACUACUACUUUUUCGAAUGUGAAGAUGCUGUGGAACAUGUGCUUAGCCGAAGAAACGAAGUUACUACCGCGAAUCCCAUGAAAAUUUUUAUUGGCACAUGGAACGUUAAUGGAGGCAAGAAUAUGUAUAACAUUGCUUUUCGUAAUCAGUCUAAUAUGGCAGAUUGGAUAUUUCCAAAUGGGACCCUAGUAUCUGUGGAUAAUAUAGAUGACUCUACCGAGAUUGUAGCCAUCGGUGUGGAAGAAUUAGUGGAUCUCAAUGCGUCAAAUCUCAUGAAGGCUAGCAUGGUACUCUAUGCGAUGCGCAAAAUGGGACGCGACAAAAAUGUCUUUUAUGUUGCCAUAAUUCCUCUUACUGGAAUUUGUUUGGACAAUGCGCUUCGAAAUCUUUCGCCUGGUAAUCUUAUCGUACAAAAGCUGCGCGGAUUACGCACAACAAAUCAACGUUUAUGGCUAGAAGGAAUACGACGGGUGCUUCAUGAACAUGGCUCUUAUGUACUUCUUGUUGUUGAACAAUUGGUCGGCGUAUGCUUAUUUAUCUUUGCACGAUCACAUUUGGCCCCUUUUAUAAAAGAUUUUGCUGUUACUUCUAUAAAAACGGGUAUGGGAGGAACAACCGGCAAUAAGGGUUCCGUUGCUUUUCGAAUGGUUGUACAUUCGACCAGUAUGUGUUUUGUAUGUUCUCAUUUCGCUGCCGGACAGAAUGAGGUGGGUGCUGUUUUCAAAUCUAAUUCAAGCCUUUUCAAAAUUUCAUCUUUCGUACGAGAUCGUAAUGAAGAUUUCACUUCUGCA